UUUCCAUUACAAACCCACCCACACCCACACACACUUCACGACGUCCCCAAAUUACAUUUUCUUCGAUAUCAAUCACUAUCACCAUAUAAAUCCAAACUCCGAUCCAUAUUUCCAUCUGGGUGCCGUUCAUAUCUUCGAUAUAUUAUCUUUUCGAUUCAGGGUCGGUUGUCUUUCACUACCAAAUUCAUCAUCAUCAUCAACAACAACAACAACAAACCCUGAAUUUCUUUCUAUUGGAGUUUCAGCUAACUCUCGGUCGAUAAAUUCACACUCUUCCCGGCUAUAUUACGCUUUGCACAAUCCCUUACUACUUGACUAUGGGUGGUAUAUUGUCGAAGGGUGAUGAACCACCUAUGGUUUCGGUACCUACAACCAAAUUUGAAGCGAAAAUCUUGGAGACAAUGCGUCGGAGAGAAUCUAAAGGAACUUCCAUGAAAUCGUUCAACACCAUAAUCCUAAAAUUUCCAAAAAUUGACGAAAAUCUAAGGAAGUGCAAAGCUAUAUUUGAACAAUUUGAUGAAGAUAAAAGCGGUUCGAUUGAUCGGAAGGAGCUAAAUCAUUGUUUCCGUAAGCUGGAAAUAGAUUUUACAGAUGAGGAAAUCAACGAUAUCUUUGAGGAGUGUGAUAUAAACGAUGAUAUGGAAAUAAGCUUCAACGAGUUCAUUGUUCUUCUUUGUCUCGUGUAUCUUCUGAAGAAAGAUCCUGUUUCUUGCUAUGCUAGUUCGCGGAAGGGGUUCCAAGACCUAGAAGUGACGUUUGAAACUUUGGUCGACUCAUUUGUGUUCUUGGACAAAAACAAAGAUGGGUACGUUAGCAGGGGCGAGAUGGUCCGCGCGAUAAAUGAGACGACUUCCGGCGAGCGGUCUUCUGGGCGCAUAGCCAUGAGAAGAUUCGAAGAGAUGGAUUGGGAUAAAAAUGGAAUGGUCAAUUUCAAGGAGUUCCUUUUCGCCUUCACGAAAUGGGUCGGAAUCGAAGAUGCCGAGGGCGAAGAAGACGACACGAAAGAGUGAGCAAGAAAACCGAAACAUCGUGCCUACGAUUGGGAUCACGAGCAGCUAAGCGAUCACCGAUCAAGCCAUCUAUAAACCGCCAAAAUCCCACACGCCAUGAUGACGGUCGAGUUCAAAACCCGAAACAAGAUUGAUUUAUGCACUUUGAUUUGGUUUGUAUCAGUAAAUAGAUUUGAACAUGGAACUUGUUUCUUUUUAUCUUUCAGUGAACACUUCGAUUUCGAUUGUUGUAACGUUUGUUCUAUGUUGUUUUUCUUGAGAUUGUUUGUCAAUAUCGUAUUUUUGGCAAAGGGGUCAAUACGAAUAUUGUAACAACCCGUCUUAAAUAUCAAGUUUAAGACUUAUUAUCGCA